CAGAAAUAUGGCAUGCACAUUUGUCGUCUUUGGUCGAUGUUGGUGGUCUGCAGUGGAAGGCUAGUAAGGAUGUGUUGCAGGUAGAUGACCACGACCAAAGACGACCCGGCUUGCUGGUAUACACUUUUUCCCGGCGUGAUCAAGGUGGGGAUGGGGCACAGGUUGUGGAACGACGUGAAGGGCUGCGUGGAAAUCAUCGCGCAGGCUUGUGCGGAGAUACGGAAAUACUGCCGGGCGCCGUGCGGGAGCGGUGCGCAGCAGGCAGAAUACCUGCAAGCGAUCGAGGAGCUCUUGCUGGAGGCCGUGCACAAGAUGGACCAGAUCGUGGUUCGAGCCGAUCCCCGGGAAGGAUAUCCCGGCAGAAGUGUUUACACACGCGCAGCAGGGGUACGUGGAGAAGGGGAAGCGGAAAAAAGGAAAAUCGCCUGCGAAGGACCUUGCCGCCCCGGAGACCUCCGGCGCCGCUUCUUCCAGCUCGUCGUCCAGUAAGUGGCCAAAAGGACCGACGUUCAGCUUCAUCUCUCUCAGCACCACUCUCGACCACGUGGCCAUUUCCCCGUCUGAGUCGAAGCGGGGUCCGCGCGUUGUGCUUGAGUACUAGGAGUCCGACGGUGGCGAGUUGUCCAAGAGCAGUAAUCGUCCUCCCGGGUGAGGCGUAGAUCACGAGCAUGGCCGCUUCCAGAAUGUCCGACCUGUCCGCCCGCCGUUUCGAGACGCAUCCGCGGGCGCAGUUUUGAACUAGCUAGUUAAUUAUCUGAUAAACGCCACAUGCAUGCACACCAUAAGUAGUGUAUUAUAUGUAGUGAGGUCACCGAACGGUUCUAACCGGGGAGUUUUUUUGCCAGCCAGACAGCAAAACGGCCGCCAGUUUUCAAGCGGGCGGAAGUGUUUUUGGACAUAAAAAAUUUGCAAUUAUCAAGCGGCCGGGGCUUUGCCAACAAACAAGCCCGGUCGAAAACUAUCGAUUCGCACUGGAUAAAACGACGCAGGGGAGCCGGCAAAAGG